GCCUAAGUAUUUGAAGUGUCAACAUGCGGUCUACAAUUGUUAUAUUGCUAUUCGGUCUGAUAGCAAUAUGUUGUGCUCAAUUCGACGGUAGAUAUCGUCCGCCUUCGACGACGCCCCGGUAUCGUCCUUUUAGAACCCAAAACCGAUACUCCUCCGGGCGUUACACGGACAAUUCUGGACGUUACACGGGCGACAACGCAGGGCGCUACUCAGGAGAUCCGGGGCGAUACCGGGGUAAUAACGACGGCCGGUACGUGCCUGAUCCCAACGCAGGAAAAUAUGUUCAUAAAGAUGAUCCAUAUAAACACAAGAAUGUUGGAGGAGGCGAUUACAGAGGAGAUCCAGGUCGAUAUGUUCAUGACUCAGAUGCUGGAAAAUACGUUCACGAUGACAACCCUUACAAGCAUUUGGACGUAGGAGGUGGACAAUACGUUGGAAGUCCCGACAAACAAAACCCUUACAAAGGCCAAAAAGACAAACAAUACCCUUACAAAGACAAGAAUUAUGGUGGUGAUGGCGGUGCAGGCGGUGCCUAUGAUCCAAAUGCUGGAGCUGGUGCUGGAGCAGGUGGGGCAAAAAGACCUGGCAGCGGUUACAAACCCAGUCGCGGUAAAGGAGACUACGGCUCAUUCCAAAAGGAAUACGAUAUAAUUCAUCUUGCCCGAAAAGGAUACAGGGACGGAUACCAUUAUACUUACGAGACAGCUAAUGGUAUUCUGGCCGAAGAGACCAGUCAAGACGCAGUGGUGUCCCAGGACGGUUCCUCCAGCUCCAGCAAAGCUGGCUGGUACGAGUACACCGGUCCUGAUGGAAAACUUUACCAUGUUGACUACACGGCAGGUGAAAAUGGUUUCGAACCCAAAGCUGACCACAUACCCACCAUCCCACCUCUGAUACAAAAAGCCUUGGAUUGGCUGAAAGCUCACGAAGAUACCUCAAAGAAUUAA